AUGGCCUGGGGGUUGAAGAAGAAGGAUCCCAAGGCCUACUUCUCCUACUUGGCCCAGCAUCCCGAGGUGUAUGCGAAGCAGCAAGAGGAUCGAGAUCGUUGGAGAGAAGGUUUGCCGCAGGUCCUCAUGGUUGCGGAAAAGCCCAGCGUGGCGCGCCUGGUGGCCGAAUGUUUGUGUGGAGAAGGCCGGGGCGACCGCGUGCGCGAGCGCCGGGGCUUGGCUGCCGCCUGCCCAGUGCUGGAGUUCGUGGCAGUGUUUCCCCCCACAGGGCAGCGGAGCGUGAUCACAAUGACUUCGGUCAUUGGGCACAUUUUUCAGCUGGAGUUCGAUGGACAACUCUCCAAUGAUUUGGUGGAGGUUUACUCCGCUCCAGUGGUGAAGGUCUUCACAGAGAGCGCGCGCAAGGUGCGCGUGGGAGAGCACUUGAAGGACUUAGCCAAAGACUCAUCGCAGCUGUGCCUUUGGUUGGAUGCUGAUGAUCGCGAAGGUGAGAACAUCGGCUUCGAAGUCAUCGCGCUUUGCAAGGAGUUCUUCGAUGAGACAAAGAUCCAUCGUGCGAUUUUCUCGGCCCUCACAAAGGAUGAGGUGAGUGCCUCCUUUCAAGCUCUGGGGCGGCCCAAUGCAGAUAUUGCCAUGGGAGUGGAUACACGGCAAGAGCUCGACUUACGUGUAGGAAUUGCUUUCAGUCGCCUGCUGACGCGACAUUUGCGAAACACACCCCUGGCCAGACGAGGGAAAGGUCUCAAGCCCUCCAUCACGUAUGGCCCCUGCCAAACACCGGCCUUGGGAUUCUGUGUCCAACGACAAGAUGAGAUUGACGCCUUUCGCCCAAAAAAGAUCUGGCGCCCGACGCUGGAGCUCGACCCCGCCGAAGCCCAAGCGCUCCGGCGGGCCCUGACAGAUGCUAACUCCGCUGAGCUGCAGCUCGCAGUGAAGGAGGACGGCCGAGUGAUGGGCGGUCGUGGGAGGUCCUGUGCCAUGGAUAGCGCGAAGCUGGCUUCGAUCUCCGCCCCCUUUGGGCCCCGACUUCGUGACCUGUCAGAGGCACUGCACUCUCCUAGCUGGAGCAUUGCCCUUGGUGACAGGACAUUGUUGUCGGCUGAGGCCCUCGAUAUACAAGGUGAUGAAGUGGUUGCUCGGCUUUUCCGCUUCGUACCGGGUCAGGGCUUUGUGGACUCAGGUGACGAUUACAUCUCCAAGCUGCGUCUUCCGCGUUUGGGUGAUAGACCGAUCAAUCUGUUCACUGGAGCUCACUUCACCUGCGUGGGCCUUGUUGUGAACUGCACUAAGGACAUGCUGGAGUUCAGUGAGGGGGUUGCCCUAGGUAUUCGACCAGAAUUUGUCCCGGACAUGGCGUGGAGCUUUCUUCACCAGUUCGCCGGAGCUUUUUCUGGGUGGAAACAAGCUGUUCAAUGGUUGGGAAAGUCGGGCACCAAUUUCGUGCUCGGCCAACAGGUCUCCGUGGAUGCUGCAACCGAGGUCCUCGCCCAGGUUCUCAGGAGAUGGCUUCUCCUGCGAGUUCACAGGAACCAGUUCCCAGAGUACACCACCGCCGCUGGUGCGGCAUCUGACAUGGAUACCAGCCCCCAGCACAAAUCCAGCCCCAGCCAGCCCGCAGCGGCAGCCCCCAGUGAGAAGCAGGACCCCCUGUGGCUCCAGGACCCCUGGUCCAAGAAGCCUGCCAAGGUGUCUCAAGCACGAUGGGAAGAUUUGAUCCUGCAAUCCCCCAUCCCAUUCCAGGGCACAGACGGCUCUCCCAUGACACAAACCGACAGGUUGCAGGUGUCACAAGCACGAGCUGGAGUCAUCCUGACGACCAAACAACACGCUUCAGAACUUUGCAAGGCAGCCGACAAACUCGACCUGGCUCUGCUCUUGCCAACGGUCGACGGGUCCAAACCAGCGAACAUCUACCAGUCCGUCGAGGGGCCAUAUGAAAUCACGGCAGAGGACCCCACAUCGAAAACCGCAUACAAAAGAUUGGCACUCGUGCUUGUUGCCAAAGGCAAGGUUUCUUACAAAUUGCCAGCACCAAAGCUCAAGCUCCAAACCGCUGCCAUAGCCGAGUUGGUCCUGGAGUUCGAUUCUCGACUCCUCCCAAAGGCAGAGUUCGAGAAAUUGAAGGAGCACCCACUUCAGAGUUUUCGCCAGCAGAUCAUGACACUGCAUCCCAUCCUGGAAAAUGCCCUCACCUUCUAUGGGCUCCGUACCUCAAGGCACCCCGGAGCAGCAAAGCAGGACCAACAGCUACAGCGCAUGCUGAAGGCACCGUACUCUGCUCGCACCAGCCUUUUGGAGACCUCGGGCCAGACAGCCCUCCUGACCAGGGACUUCAUCGAGCACACCAAGGAGCCAUUGCCAAACCCGGUGACGCCCGUGCUUUUGAUCCAUCGUCUGAACCCACUGAGGCUGACUGGCACACGAUUUGUUGCUUUGCCCGCCAACUGCAAUGGCGACAUGAGGAAGGAGAUGUUGCCACGACCAUUGGGCUUGAACACUGUGCAGCUGCUGCGAGCAGCCAGCAAUGCUUUAAACCUGGGCCCCAAGCAGGCGAUGAAAGUGGCCGAGGACCAUGUCAAAGAGAUGGCCUUCCAAGACCUCUACUCUUCGGGUUUGAUCAGCUACCCGCGGACGGAGACCACCCGGUACCACGAGACCUUUGAUGCCCGGCCCUCCUUGCGCCCGUUGACCAUGCUGAAGCUGGUCGGUGCCGCGCAGGCAUUGAAGACCUGGACGGCCCAGUCGCACCAACAGAGCUACCGAGCUCGGGACGUGGGAGAUCAUCCGCCCAUCGUCCCCUUGCGAACACCAGAGCCUGGAGAGGUCAGCGGACAGCAGAAGCGGCUCUACGACUACGUGUGCCAGCAUUUCGUGGCGUCUUGGCUUGCUGAUGUGAAGCUCCAGCGCUACGAGGCCACAGUGGAGAUUGAAGGUUUCCAAUUCCAACUGCUGCUACGGCUCUUCGGGGCAUCCUCUGGCUGGCUGCAAGCGAUGCCCUGGCGGAUCCGAGAGUGGCGCGCUUGCAAAGCGUUAUCCCGGUGUGUGUGUACCUCUGUAACUAAGAGUUUUGUGCACUUGAAGGGUUUCCAGCUCGCGGAGAGUUGGACGGAGCCGCCGAAACCGUUGACGGAAGCGGAGCUGGUGGAGCUUAUGGAUCAGAAUGGCAUUGGAACCGAUGCAUCGAUCCCUCAGCAUAUUCAGACCAUCCAAGACCGCGCCUAUGUUCAACUCCACGACGGCGACGGCCAGCCGAUCCUCCCACACUUCGGCCCUCAGCGUGGCAAAGCGCCGCCGAAACGGGCGCCGGGGCGCUACUUGGUGCCCAGCCGAAGAGGAUUGGCCUUGGUGAAGGGCCUCUCUGCCUUGGACGCCUCCUUGUGCGAGCCAGAGGUCCGUGCCCUCAUCGAGCGCGAGUGUGCCAUGGUGGCGACCGCGGAGAUGAAGCAGGAGGAGAGAGAUGAAGACAGAAGUGAUGGGACCUGA